UCAAUCAUUUCUUUUCUAAAAAUUUAAAGUUUCCAUGGUUAUAAAUAGACAUGAUGAUCUAUCAGGUUUUCUAGGAAAACUAUUGCAGCUAUAGAAAGGAUGGAAGCUAGACUCGAAGCAGCAUCUCUAGCUGGAGACGUGGGUGCAUUCCUCCAGCUUCUUCGAGUGGACAGCCUUCUUCUGGACAGAUUGAGCACUACCCAUCAUACAUCAAACAAUCCCCUCCAUAUCGCCGCCUUGCUUGGCCAUGCUGAUUUUGCUAGUGCAAUCCUCAGUCGAAGGCCAAAACUUGCUCAGGACCUGAACGAGCAAGGUUUCUCCCCCUUGCACUUGGCUUCAGCCAACGGCCACCUCUCGGUAGUGAAAGAACUGCUGAAGGUGGGCACAGAUCUCUGCCUAAUCCGGGACAAAGAUGGGUUCAUGCCAAUCCACACCGCGGUGAUCAAAGGGAAGAUUGGCGUUGUGAAGGAAUUGAUCGAUGCCUGCCCAGAGACAGCAAAAGCAGCGACAUGCCAAGGAGAGACAGUUGUUCAUUUGGCUGUGAGAUCAAACCAUUUUGAGGCGGUUGAGUUCUUGGUUGAGAAGCUGGGUGGUGAUGAGGAGCUACUUAACUCCAAGGAUGAGAAAGGAAACACCAUUCUGCACCUCACCGUUGCUAAGAGACAAUUCCAGAUUUUGAAGUUCUUACUAAGCAAGCCAGUGAUCCAAGUGAACUCUUUCAACCUGAAGGGGUUCACUCCACUUGACGUGUUAUUGGAGUUGCCUAGCGAGCACGGAGACUUGAUUCUGGGAGAGAUGAUUCGAGCUGCGGGUGGGAAGAAAGCAGAAGAGGAAUCUCCACCAGAAGCACAGAGUCAUCCCAUUCAGAGAGCCAUCAAUCCUGUCAGCACAUCACCAACGAGGUCAAAUUGGAAAGGCCGGCUUCUACAAUUCUUCUAUCUAGCACACAGGGGCAAAGCAUCACGUCGGGAUCUGCGAGUAGAACAAGAGCAUGGAGACACCAGAAGCACAUUGAUGAUAGUGGCAACACUUAUAGCAACUGUUACUUUUCAAGCAGGAUUGAACCCUCCUGGAGGAUUCGUGCAAGAUGGCGGGCCAAAUGCCCUAGCUCCUGGGCAGGCAGUUCUAGGUCCUGAACUAUCUUUCUUCUUGAUAUUUGACAUGGUGGGAUUAUUUGCAUCACUAAGCAUCAUUCUGUUAUUGAUUUGUGUGGUCCCAAGGAACAAGAGGAUGCUGACGAAGUUCUUGAAGUGGGUUAUGUGGAUUGCUAUCUUCUGUACAGCAAUUGCAUUCACGAAUGGCCUCCAUAAAAUAUUUCCGAUUUCUUCCUUCGAUCCUAUCAGCUUAUUCAUUCAAGGUUGGUCUGGGAUCUUUGUAAUCGCGAUCGAUUGGGUACUCAUUCGAUUCAGCAUCUAUUUGCUAAGGAAAGUGGGAUGUUUGAAAAAAAGAAGCUUGCUGGCAGAUGGAGUAAAUAUUAGACGGAUGGGAGCUGGCACAAUUGUCAAAAGAAUAGUCAUCUUUGUGGUUGUCUUUGUAGUUCUAGUUUUCGCUGAUUAUAUCGUUGUCGUUUUAUUUGUUAUUUUGAAGUUUAAUUGGGAAUAAUAAAUUGGGGAGGUACCUCCCCCCCACCAACC